ACAGUUUCAACAAAUCAUAACACAAAAAGUCCCACACCACACCCCUUUUUGAAUUUGAUGAUCAAAAUUUAAACUUUUUCAAACAAUUUCAAAAACCCAUUUCUCCUUUUUUGCUUCUAAAGAAAAUUGAAAAGUUUUGAUCUUCCCAAACCAUCAAGAUGGGGAAGGCUGGAAAAUGGAUAUUGAAUUUUCUUGUUGGGAAAAAGGAAGAAAAUCAAAAGAAGAAGAAGAAGAAAAUUUGUUCUUCUUCUUUAUCUGAUCACUCUGAAAAUUUGAAGCUAAAAUGGAGUUUUAGAAAGACAUCAACCAAAACUACUAACCUUCUUUUAACUCAUAACCUUUCUAAAUCUGUUAACUCCAUUGACACCAUUGAAGCUAUGAAGCAUCUGGCCAUUGCAGAACAGAAGAAGCCACCAUCAACUGUUCAAAAUGCUGCUGCUACCACUAUCCAAUCCGCAUAUCGGUCUCAUUUGGCCAGGAAAGCAUUGCAUGCUUUAAGAGCACUGGUUAAGAUACAAGCACUUGUGAGAGGCCAUCUGGUGAGGAAACAAACAGCUGCUACCCUAAAGAGCCUGCAAGCCUUGAUGGCAAUCCAAGUUCGAGCUCGGGCGACUCGGAUCCAGCUGCUCGAGGAGGAUGAAGAGCUUCUCGAAAGGAGGCGACGUAAGCAUCUCAUUGACAAUCUCAAACAAGCGUAUAAAGAGAGACUAAACAUGAAUGUCAAUGAAGAUUUGAGACCAUAUAAGACCAAGAGUGGCCAUAUAAGUCAUUCUCAAAUUGAACAGCUAGAGAAUGAACCAAAUGCUUAUUGUAGACGAAAUCUUUCGAUCCCGAGGAGGCAGCAUCAGCACAAAAAUCACUCCGUCUCCAUAGAACCAGACACGUCCGAGUACUAUAUUUUAGUGUCCAAACCAACGGCUGAAACAGCCUUGUAUUCCAUGGAUCAACCCAGGCAUUCAGACUUUGUGCCUGAUGACUAUCUCUUCUAUCCAAAUUAUAUGGCCAAGACAGAAUCCUCAAGGGCAAAAGUCCGAUCACAAAGUGAACCGAAACAACGACCCUGUCCGACUCCAAACUCACGAAUGAAGAGCAAGCAAAUAGGAACAGCUGACAGAAUGAGUUUGAACGAUCAAAUCCAAAGUUCUUUACAAAGCCUGAAGCACAAUGGUUAUGAAAAUCACAACAAUCCUUGGUUCAUGAAGCUUUAUCAGUUCAAAAAACCGUCCAAGAACCGAGAUGGCGAUUCUACAAGCAGCAGAUUUAGUUUUCCGGACGACCCACCUUGAUUAUCUUGCUUACUUUUCAUC